AUGGCGGCUCCUGGCGAUGCGCCCAGCGAGGGCAUGCUCUGGGGUGGACGAUUCACUGGCGGCAUCGAUCCCCUCAUGCAUCAAUACAACGCCAGCAUUUCCUACGAUUCGCGCCUCUUCAAGGAAGAUAUUCUCGGAAGCAUCGCCUUUGCCCGCGCUAAUGCAAAGUCUGGCAUCAUUUCCAACGACGAUUUUGUUGAAAUCGAGCGGGGUUUACAUGAGGUCCUGAAAGAGUGGGAGGGGGGUCACUUUGUUAUCAAGUCUAAUGAUGAGGAUAUUCAUACCGCCAACGAGCGUCGACUUGGCGAAAUCAUUGGCAAGAACAUUGCUGGCAAAUUACAUACAGGUCGCAGCCGAAACGAGCAGGUGGUCUGCGAUAUGCGUAUGUGGUUGCGCGAACGGAUUCGUGAGAUUGACAGCCAGCUCGUUGCCUUGGUCAAGGUGAUUACUGGCCGUGCUGAGUCUGAAAUCGACUACCUUAUGCCUGGGUAUACACACCUGCAACGUGCCCAGCCCAUCAGGUUCUCGCAGUGGUUGAUGUCAUUUGGCUUCGCCUUUAUGAAUGAUGUUGAGCGACUCCGAGAGUGUCUGAAGAGGGUUAACAAGAGCCCUCUUGGUUGUGGUGCUCUUGCUGGCAAUGUCUUCAACAUUGAUCGCGAGAUGAUGGCUAAAGAGCUUGGUUUUGACGAUAUCCUCUGGAACUCUAUGAAUGCUGUUUCUGAUCGAGACUUCGUGACUGAAUUCCUUCAAUGGGGCAGUCUAUUUAUGCAACAUAUUUCGCGAUGGGCCGAGGAUCUCAUCAUCUACAGUACCCAAGAAUUUGGCUUUAUCUAUAUUGCCGACGCCUACUCGACAGGCUCAUCGCUGAUGCCACAAAAGCAUAACCCAGAUGGUCUCGAGCUAUUACGAGGCAAGGCCGGCCGAGCUUUUGGCCACAUGAGUGGGUUCAUGAUGACCCAAAAAGGAUUGCCGAGCACAUACAACAAAGACCUACAGGAGAGUUGGGAACCCAUGCUGGAUCAUGUCAAGACUAUCUCCGAUAGUAUACAGAUUGCAAACGGCAUCCUUUCCACACUCACCAUUCGGCCAGAGCGGAUGCUGGCUGCGUUAGACCCCUUUAUGCUUGCUACAGAUGUAGCUGAGCGACUUACAAAACUCGGUGUGCCCUUCCGGGAGACACAUCAUAUCGCUGGACGAUGUGUAGCAAAGAGCGAGGAGCUGGGCAUCCCGAUGAAUGAGCUUACGCUCGAGCAACUAAAGGCCAUUGAUAGCCGAUUCCCGGAUGAUAUCAAGGAGAUAUUCAAGUAUGAGUCAAGUGUUGAAGCGAAAUCGGCCAGGGGCGGCACCAGCCGAUCAAGUAUUCUAGAGCAGAUCAAGGUCCUUAGGGCCAUGUUAGGUUAA